AGUGUAAACACGCUUUUACUUCAAAUUUCAUGGCUUAUAAACCAUAACACCUGUUUUUAUGUCAAAUAAAAUGUGUCUGAGAAAAGCUGUAUAUAAAAAUAUUGUGACUUUUUGCCUUUGGAAAAAAGGAAUUUUCCUAGUGUCUGUGAUGUAAUUUUUAUUUCAGCAAUCACAACAGACAACGCAGCAGUAAAAAUUUUUGAUUAUCAACUUGGAAUCUACAAUGAGUGAAAACAAAAAUUUCAUCAUGGACGAAAUCAACAGCGUUUUCGACCGAUUUGCGAAUUUAUUAGAAAGGGACAUCAAAGGAGUUCAUAUUGGAUGUUAUUCAGUUGCCCUAAUUUCUUUGACCAUCGCUUUAAGAAAAGUCCGUCCUUUUAGCAAAUUCAAACGUCCCAACGACAUCCCGAAUCAUUUCAUAAACGAAAAAAGAGAGCUUACAGGACAAGUAAAAAGCAUAGACCCAAAUGGUACCUUGCUUAUGGUAGAGCACAAACCCUUAGUGGAUAUACCAUUAAUUAAAUCUGGACAGCUUCCUGUUAAAAUUUCCGGUAUCAAUGUAUCAGGACUGGGUAUGAACUGGAUACAAAGUGUUGUUGUCAAUCGAGAAAUAAAAUUCGUUCCUGUUAGUAAAGAUGCUGAUUUUCUUCAGUGCCAAGUUAUACUGGUGCAAAAAAACAAAAAUAAAAGAGACGAACUUUUAAAUGUCGGAGAAAGUCUUGUUAAAAUUGGUUUUGCACAACUAGCACCCACUCAUUCAUUAGCACAAGAUCCAGCUUUGCUCAGCUACUUCAAAAAGUUACAAGCAGCAGAAAGUGUGGCCCUUAGAAAUCAACUAGGCCUCAAGUACUACAUAAAGCCAACAAAAGCCGCCUUGCGUAGCUUAGCCAGAAACUUAACCAACCUCUCGAAAUACCUAACGUUUGUUGUCCAACAACAAAUACAGAAGGUGCCCCAAAUGGCGAGGGCAUAGCAAAGAAUUUUCGUCAUAGUGAGCGAAUGUAUUUUGGUUCUUUUACAAUGCGUAGGCGUUUACAGGAUUGUACAAUAUUUCUUUUUUACUGAACGAUAUACAGUGGCGGAGGAUUUGGCUGAAUUGUCUGAAUGGUUUGAGAAAUUUAAAAUUCACAUCAAUAAAUGGUGGAAUGGUGAAAUAUGAACGUAAACUUACAACAGUGUACUUACUUUAAAAGAAUUUUGAAUGCUUUAGAGGUUUUUUUUUUCAAACUUAUUUAUGUUUAUAUACCUAGUUGCUGUUUAUAUUUAAAUUCUAUUUUAUUUUCUGACAAUAAACAAAUUGUGAUACUGUUGUUGAAUGAAUAAAUUACUAUAAUUUGUUGAAUAUUA